CGAGGCAGAGCCGCCGAAAUUCUCAAUGGCUUCUAAGAAGUCGGGGUCUGAUUUUCACGGGCUGGUCAGCUACCUUGACGAUGUUCCAUUUAAGAUAGGAGAAAAGUUCAGAAGACCAGCUAAAGUUGGCUUGCCCAUUGGUUUCUAUUUGCCAGAAUCUCUACAACUGAUAAGCGAAGCCCAGUAUGACUUCUCACUGGAAAAGAAAACCAUCGAGUGGGCUGAGAACAUUAAAAGAAUACAAGCCGUCCAGGAAGAAACCGAGCGGAAAUAUAAGGAGGCCCUAGCCAACAUGAAGGGGGCCUCGGAGGAGCAGCUCUCCGAGGGUUGUGGUCCAGGGGCCGCCCUGCCUCUCCCCAUCAACCCCAUCCUGGCCGGCCUGCAUCACAACUCCAUCCUUACUCCCACCCCAGCCAGCAGCAGUGCUCUGAAGCAGAAAGUCUUGAGCCCCCCUCACACCAAGGCCGACUUCAACCCGGCAGACUUUGAGUGUGAAGAAGACCCUUUUGACAAGCUGGAGCUGAAGACCUUAGACGACCGGGAAGAGCUGAAGAACAUCCUUCAGAUCCACGUCGACGCCACGGGGCCCAUCGUCGCCCAGCUGCUCGACCACAGCUUGCCCAGAGUGGCAUCUCAGUCGGUUUUGCAAGACCAGGAGGUCUUGGCCUCUCUGGAAAGGGUGACUUUGGACCUCAAGCCUCUGCACAAACCCAACGGUCUCGUGGCCUUGCCUCAGCUGGGCGGGCACGAGAAGAUGUCCCUGUCGUCCAAAGGGUCCCUCUCGCCCGUGACGUCGGUGAGCAACAUCAAAUCCCUCUCCUUUCCAAAGCUGGAUCUGGACGAGAACGACCUGCAGACGGCAAGGCUGGCAAACGCCUACCGUACACACAACGGCACUCUCCUCGGCUCUUUACCGGACAAAGCCAAUGAACUGAAUGGACAUCACGUGAUCAGGGUUUCCACCUUCGGUGCGGACCCCGGCCUGGACCCCCGAACGUUAUCCUCCGGUUCCAGAGGUCCUUCCCAGCCCACCUCCGUAGCAUGUACAGAAGACAUUCCGGUCCUCACUACGAGCACAGCGGUAACUCACCAAAGUUUCCAGACUUCCCAAGUGCCCAAGACUACCAGCAGCUGUACAAAAGGGCCCGGCAAUUUUGCCUAUGGGGAGGUGCUGCAGGCCCUGUCCUCCAGCGAACGAGAGUAUCUCGAAAUCGUCGUGGGCAUGGGCUACUCUUACGAAGAGGUCUUAAAAGCGAUGAAGAGGAAGGGGCAGAGCAUAGACCAGAUUCUGGAAUACCUGGUUGUCCGGGGGCAACUCUGCGAGAAGGGCUUUGAUCCGCUCCUGGUAGAAGCUGCUCUCGAAAUGUAUCAGUGCUCAGAAGAGAAGGCCACCGAGAUUCUCCAGCUCAUGAGCAAAUUUCAAGAAAUGGGAUUCAAACUGAAAGACAUUAAAGAAGCUUUGCUAUUACACAACAACGACCAAGACAACGCCCUGGAAGAUUUAAUGACCCGAGCGGGAGCGAGCUGAAAACGCGAGCAGAGCAGCCCCCUCGCUGCUUCUGGCCACCGGACCCUGCCAUCGCCGUCUGGGUCUCUCUGGUGCUGCGGGAAGGAGAAUGCCACGAGGAUCCUGGGUUCGAGAUACUGUCGCAGCCGAAAGAGCUGGUCCCUUGCCAUGCCCUCACUCUGGUCAGCUGUGCCCGCCCACCCAAAAGAGAGUCCAUACUGCUUUCUUCGAUUAAAGUUUUAAGUGCCCUUCC